UGCGGCCGACCGGUAGAGAGUCGAAGGCGUUCAAGUUUGAAAGCGAUGCACGAAGUGGCGAUGCUCGUGUGCCGCGCGUAGGGUAAGACCGUCGUACGAGUCGUGAAUAAUAUGCUCGUAUAUAACGUGCAGACGGGCUCGUGAUGUGUACGGACGUGUACCUUCUGUCGAUCGACGGACCGAUCUACGGAGACUGCUCAGUUUGACAGGUGCUUGGUCCUCGCAGCGAAGGAGUAGCUUCCCAAGUUCUCUCUGCUCUGUGUGUGCUUCGAUCACAAGAAUCGAUCACUGGAAAAUAGGCUUGAUCGUCGAACGGGUCGAUGAACUCCUAGCACACGUGAGACACACGCCACACGAACGUCUUUAAGUGAUUAUUUACUUCGGGGAAGCUUAUGGCUCCCUGGAUCCAUCUUUCAGAAAGAGAGAGGGAAAGAAAAUACUUAACCAAAAAUUUUUCCUUCUAUCAGUGAAGAUUAUCUCAGAAGUCUCUUGAUGAUGUCGGAUCUUACGACUAACGACAGAUACAGUUUUGGCAACAUGAGCGCCGGUAGAUUGCCGCAGAAUAUCACGCUGCCAAAGUCACAGCCAGUACGCCUCAAGGCACUUCUGCAUUCGUGUGAAAGCGAUGAGGAUGAUGACGACGAUGAGAGCGAGGAGAAGCCCCAUCAAUCUGAGGACGAGUUGGAUUUCGACGAGCCUCUGCCGCAAGACGACUCUCCUGAAGAUGCCCCACAGGAGACGCUCGUACUUAAAGGCAUCAAUUCCUUGUUGAUUGAACCAACAGAUGGUGUCUUGAAGACUGCAUGCGUACUGCCAAAAGAGAAUCAUGAAGUUGUGAUUAACACUCCUUCUGUACAAGGAGGAACAAACUUUGCAACCGAUAGGGAACAGUGUAAAGUCAGCGAUGUAAAUUUUGAAAGUCAUAGAGUUAGCGAUCCAAGUAAAUUAGAGAUGUGCGGCUUUAAACACGAAGAGAAAACGCAGGAAUAUCCCAGUGGAACGUUUACUUCGAGGAGUCAAGCGGACACUGUUCAUAAUCACUCGACAAACGUAGCGUUACCUCCGCCGUCGGUUUAUAAAGGGGAUUAUAACACAAAAUUGGAUACGAAUAAGAAUGUACAAUCGAUAAAUAGCAAUCAGUUACUUCAUGAAAAUGCUUACAUGUCAGAUAUGUUAAAUAAAAGAAAGGAAGUAUCCGAGAUGUGCAGCUCUAAACACGAAGAGAAAACUCAGGAAUAUCACAGUGGAACGUUUACUUUGAGGAGUCAAACGGACACUGUUCACAAUCACUCGACAAAUGCAGCGUUACCUCCGCUGUGUGUUUAUAAAGGGGAUUAUAACACAAAGUUAGAUACGAAUAAGAAUCUACAAUCGAUGAACAGUAAUCAGUUACUUCACGAAAAUGCUUACAAGUCAGAUAUAUUAAAUAAAAGAAAGGAAGCAUCCGUGUAUAGCACAUCGGCGGAGAACAAGAUAUUGUUAACAAGGAACAGCGAGCUGAAUCUGAGCAAGGAUGACCAGCGGUACAAAGGUACGUUCAGCUUUAACGAGCAGGCAAAUAAGGACUGUGAGGAGGAGUCUCACAAGAUUCCAAACGCUCUGUCGGACUCUGUCACCUGUACGCAGCAAACGUCUGAAAAUCUGAUGCAUCCUGUAAGAUAUAAUUUGCAAAAGAACGUCACGAAGUACGAGGCGAAUGAAAUGUAUACACCGGCGAAAAAUGCUUGCACGGAAUUUAGCACACCAUCGCUCAGCGAAGCGAGCAAGUCGUUGACCAUGGUCAAUCGCAUGCUCUCGGAAACUCCGUUGAAGCAUGUGCAAGUCAACGUGCACCCGAGUCCGUGCAACUCGCAUAAGCAACUGUUUCAAACCCCGCAGAGCAAACUGUCUGGCGAUCCGAACAAGAAUCAUGCUCAAACUCCUUCCACAAUAUUAUCCAGUUGGUAUCAUAAUGUGAGACACACACCGAUGGAAGGGAAGAGUUUCGUUGCGAGGGACCAUGUACAAAUGGCUAGGAAUGCGGUUCAUACACCUAGCAUAGAAAAACCAGAUUCUUCGAGAUACUUUGGAGUGGAUGCCAAAAACGUGAGACGGCCCUUAACGGACUCCACAUUGCACGGCGAGUCUUCGGCUCAUCCCGUGGAAUCAAAGCCGCUUCUGUUGCACACACGUUCCGAGGCAAAAAACAUCAAAUCCGAGUCACAACCACAGGAGGAGAGAAGUAGGAAGACGAUCGGACUGUCGGAUGUGAAAUUAAUGCAGACAGAAACAAGUCACGGUAAUGAUCUGAAAUCGGCGAAAUCUAUCGAGAAAGUGAAGGAGAACAAGCAGUCUAAUACGUUGGGAAACGGUAGAAAAACUGUGGCAAAUCAAAGUGAGGGAAAACAGAUAAUAAUCGGUUCCAGUACGGAUAUUAAGUUAAUACAAGGUCCUCGGAAGUACAGCGGAGAGCACAACAGCGUUCCUAAUGCGAACUGCAAGAAUCCGCAUUACUCGGUCUUCGAGAAACAGAGCAAGGACCUGCAGCUCCUAGAUAAAAUGACAAACGUGCAGUUCACCGUGCCGUCGAGCAUUCCUCCGCAGCGGCAAGGCAAAACGUUAAUCGUAAAGGACAAGGAGUACUUGAUCCUGGGCUCCCUCGGCCGGGGAAUGAGCGGCGAGGUUUUGCGAGUGCAGGACGUGUCCUGCGGCGAGUUACGCGCCAUCAAAUGCGUUGACUUUAGCAAGAUGGACAAAGACUCGGCCCAGGGCUGCUUGGACGAGAUUACCAUGCUGCGUAAGUUACAGGCGCCCUGCGUUGUCAAGAUGCACGACUAUCAAAUUAAAGAUUUCAUGGUCUACGUGGUGAUGGAAAUGGGCGACACCGAUCUCAGUCGACUUUUGAGAUCCAUGUCCCAAGAGAAGCAAAUCUCUCUUACGAUGAUUCUCUAUUACUGGACUGAGAUGCUCACGGCUGUAAAACACAUACACGAUAACGGGGUCAUACAUUCGGACUUGAAGCCAGGAAACUUUUUGCUAGUACGAGGCCGACUCAAAUUAAUAGACUUCGGUAUUGCCUCCAGUGUAAAUUCGGACAUGACGUCCGUUGUAAAAAAUAAUCCGAUUGGAACGUUGAAUUACAUUAGUCCGGAAGCCUUAAUGGACAUUGGCGGAAACGCGGAUUCGCCUACGCACAAUGUUAAAUACAAGAUAAGUUACAAAUCGGACGUAUGGUCACUAGGAUGUAUCUUGUACAGUUUGGUGUAUGGGCAUACGCCUUUUCAUAACAUACGUUCUCAGUGGGCAAAGGUGAACGCUAUAACUAAUCCGAAACCGAACAUUUCGUUCCCGGCCAUAAACGGCGAGAAUCGUGAGCGCGCGCCGCCCAUUCUGGUCGACGUGAUACGGAAGUGCCUUCAGCACGACCCGAAAGCAAGGCCCACGGUAUCGCAGCUGUUGCAGGUGCAAUAUGUGCCGACCACGCCGAGUACCGCAUUGACUUCGGUGCCAUCCAAUAUCCCAGCGAACGUCCUUGUGAAGAUAAAGCAUGCUCUGAAUGAGGACGAAUGGCGAUUAUUGGUCGAGGUAUUGGACACAAAGCGACAACAUACAUAACGAUACUGUAAUAAUAAUAACUUAUCGAUUAACUGAUGUACAUAAAAGCGUUUGUAUAUACACGUAAGAGACGAUAUGCAAUGAGGCGCAAAUAUACAGAAUUGUGACAUAUCAAAGAAGGCUAAUGACGAAAAUAAUAUACAUACACAUUAUAUAUAGGAGAAGAGAAAUGUAAAAUCCCGAAUAUAUAUGUAUAUUAUAAUUAAACCUGCAAUUGAAUCAUGCCUACCUAUAUGUUGUGAACACGAAGUUUUGUGUAUCAAUAUCAAACAGCGCUAUAUCGUGAAAGUAAAUUGGAGUUAUUUGUUAAAUUAAAAUAUCUCAGUUUAUCUCGUAUUCGCGGAUAUAAAAAAAAAAUCGCUAUUCGAGAACGUUACAUUCGGUAUAACCGGCAGAGCUGUGAAUUUUGCAAAGUAUGCAAAUUAUCUUUAGUACGGAUUAGAUGUUCAUCAGUUACCGACUCCGUUUUUUGUAAUAUCAGGAAGGGUCAGCAAACUUCAACCCUUUCGCUGCACCGACCAAAAGUUCAUUUUUGAAGAAUCGAACGUGAUAUGCGACUAUAUAAAAUUCUAUUUUUAUAUGUAUAUGGCAAAUAAUGAGUUAGUAUGUAAGCUUAUUUCAGCUUCGACUCGAUCUCGAUUAAAAAAAUAUUUUGAUGUAAA